AUGUCUACGCAAUUAAUUGACCGUCCAAAGCAUGAGCUUUCCAAAGCAGAGUUAGAGGAACUAGAAGAAUUCGAAUUUAAGCAUGGACCAAUGUCCCUCAUAAAUGAUGCUAUGCUUACAAAAACACCCGUAAUAAUCUCGUUAAGAAAUAAUCACAAAAUAAUAGCGAGAGUAAAAGCCUUCGAUAGGCAUUGCAAUAUGGUUCUAGAAAAUGUGAAAGAGCUUUGGACAGAGAAAAAAGGUAAAAAUGUAAUUAAUCGUGAAAGAUUUAUAAGUAAACUAUUUCUUAGAGGUGAUUCAGUUAUCGUGGUGUUGAAGACCCCUGUAGAGUGA